AUGGAGGUGCAGUGGGAGGAGGUACAGUGGGAGGAGGUGGAGUGGAUGGAGGUGGAGUGGGAGGAGGUACAGUGGGAGGAGGUGGAGUCGAUGGAGGUGCAGUGGGAGGAGGUGGAGUGGAUGGAGGUGGAGUGGAUGGAGGUGCAGUGGGAGGAGGUACAGUGGGAGGAGGUGGAGUCGAUGGAGGUGCAGUGGGAGGAGGUGCAGUGGAUGGAGGUGCAGUGGAUGGAGGUGCAGUGGGAGGAGGUGGAGUGGAUGGAGGUGGAGUGGGAGGAGGUGGAGUGGAUGGAGGUGGAGUGGGAGGAGGUGGAGUGGAUGGAGGUGCAGUGGGAGGAGGUGCAGUGGAUGGAGGUGCAGUGGAUGGAGGUGCAGUGGGAGGAGGUGGAGUGGGAGGAGGUGCAGUGGGAGGAGGUGCAGUGGAUGGAGGUGCAGUGGGAGGAGGUGCAGUGGGAGGAGGUGGAGUGGAUGGAGGUGGAGUGGGAGGAGGUGCAGUGGGAGGAGGUACAGUGGGAGGAGGUGGAGUGGAUGGAGGUGGAGUGGGAGGAGGUGGAGUGGGAGGAGGUGCAGUGGGAGGAGGUACAGUGGGAGGAGGUGGAGUGGAUGGAGGUGGAGUGGAUGGAGGUGGAGUUGGAGGAGGUGCAGUGGGAGGAGUGGGAGGAGGUGGAGUGGGAGGAGGUGGAGUGGGAGGAGGUGCAGUGGGAGGAGGUGCAGUGGGAGGAGGUGGAGUGGAUGGAGGUGCAGUGGGAGGAGGUGCAGUGGGAGGAGGUGCAGUGGGAGGAGGUGGAGUGGAUGGAGGUGAGGUGGGAGGAGGUGCAGUGGAUGGAGGUGCAGUGGGAGGAGGUGGAGUGGAUGGAGGUGGAGUGGAUGGAGGUGGAGUGGGAGGAGGUGCAGUGGGAGGAGGUGCAGUGGAUGGAGGUGCAGUGGGAGGAGGUGGAGUGGAUGGAGGUGGAGUGGGAGGAGGUGCAGUGGGAGGAGGUGGAGUGGAUGGAGGUGGAGUGGGAGGAGGUGGAGUGGGAGGAGGUGCAGUGGGAGGAGGUACAGUGGGAGGAGGUAGAGUGGAUGGAGGUGCAGUGGGAGGAGGUGCAGUGGGAGGAGGUGGAGUGGAUGGAGGUGGAGUGGAUGGAGGUGGAGUGGGAGGAGGUGCAGUGGGAGGAGGUGCAGUGGAUGGAGGUGCAGUGGGAGGAGGUACAGUGGGAGGAGGUGGAGUGGAUGGAGGUGGAGUGGGAGGAGGUGCAGUGGGAGGAGGUACAGUGGGAGGAGGUGGAGUGGAUGGAGGUGGAGUGGGAGGAGGUGGAGUGGGAGGAGGUGCAGUGGGAGGAGGUACAGUGGGAGGAGGUAGAGUGGAUGGAGGUGCAGUGGGAGGAGGUGCAGGGGGAGGAGGUGGAGUGGAUGGAGGUGGAGUGGGAGGAGGUGCAGUGGGAGGAGGUACAGUGGGAGGAGGUGGAGUGGAUGGAGGUGGAGUGGGAGGAGGUGGAGUGGGAGGAGGUGGAGUCGAUGGAGGUGCAGUGGGAGGAGGUGCAGUGGGAGGAGGUGCAGUGGGAGGAGGUGGAGUGGAUGGAGGUGCAGUGGGAGGAGGUGCAGUGGGAGGAGGUGCAGUGGGAGGAGGUGGAGUGGAUGGAGGUGAGGUGGGAGGAGGUGCAGUGGAUGGAGGUGCAGUGGGAGGAGGUGGAGUGGAUGGAGGUGGAGUGGAUGGAGGUGGAGUGGGAGGAGGUGCAGUGGGAGGAGGUGCAGUGGAUGGAGGUGCAGUGGGAGGAGUGGGAGGAGGUACAGUGGGAGGAGGUGGAGUGGAUGGAGGUGCAGUGGGAGGAGGUGCAGUGGGAGGAGGUGCAGUGGGAGGAGGUGGAGUGGAUGGAGGUGCAGUGGAUGGAGGUGCAGUGGGAGGAGGUGCAGGGGGAGGAGGUGGAGUGGAUGGAGGUGGAGUGGGAGGAGGUGCAGUGGGAGGAGGUACAGUGGGAGGAGGUGGAGUGGAUGGAGGUGGAGUGGGAGGAGGUGGAGUGGGAGGAGGUGGAGUCGAUGGAGGUGCAGUGGGAGGAGGUGCAGUGGGAGGAGGUGCAGUGGGAGGAGGUGGAGUGGAUGGAGGUGCAGUGGGAGGAGGUGCAGUGGGAGGAGGUGCAGUGGGAGGAGGUGGAGUGGAUGGAGGUGAGGUGGGAGGAGGUGCAGUGGAUGGAGGUGCAGUGGGAGGAGGUGGAGUGGAUGGAGGUGGAGUGGAUGGAGGUGGAGUGGGAGGAGGUGCAGUGGAUGGAGGUGCAGUGGGAGGAGGUACAGUGGGAGGAGGUGGAGUGGAUGGAGGUGGAGUGGGAGGAGGUGCAGUGGGAGGAGGUACAGUGGGAGGAGGUGGAGUGGAUGGAGGUGCAGUGGGAGGAGGUGCAGUGGGAGGAGGUGCAGUGGGAGGAGGUGGAGUGGAUGGAGGUGCAGUGGAUGGAGGUGCAGUGGGAGGAGGUGCAGGGGGAGGAGGUGGAGUGGAUGGAGGUGGAGUGGGAGGAGGUGCAGUGGGAGGAGGUACAGUGGGAGGAGGUGGAGUGGAUGGAGGUGGAGUGGGAGGAGGUGGAGUGGGAGGAGGUGCAGUGGGAGGAGGUACAGUGGGAGGAGGUAGAGUGGAUGGAGGUGCAGUGGGAGGAGGUGCAGGGGGAGGAGGUAGAGUGGGAGGAGGUGCAGUGGGAGGAGGUGCAGUGA